CUCCAUGCCAGCCGCUACCUAGCCUGACCGCCUUGUGAACGGAGGUAACGUGUGUGCAGUUUGGCCUCACGCUGUCCACUGAAGCCUUCAAAGCUAAAGCGGCAUCUGGAGACCAAACAUCAAACGCUGGUGGGAAAGCCGGUGGGAUUUUUCAAGAGAAAGGAAAAUGAGCUACAGAUCCAGAAAAGGUCUGUCGUGUCACUGCCUGGCAACUCCAUCUGAGCUUUGAAAGCCAGCUAACAUACCUCGGAGCCAGGCGUGUGGCUAAUUAUUUGUUAUUAUUAUUUGUUUUGUGUUAAUAAGCUUGACUUGAGCUUUUAAAUUGGACCUUGUAUGCACGAUGCACGAUAAUUAUCCUCCAAAUACGACCAUUUUGAGCCUUUUGGUAUGAUACUUCACCAUUUCCAAUCUGGCAACACUGAGCACAUUGCCACCUCCACUAGUUGCACUGUUUACAGCACAAGACAUCUGCAGCCAGCCAUGCCGAAACGGAAAUGUAAGUUCACGGACGAACUGGAAAAAAAAUACUCAUCUUUUCGCCUCAACCGUGAUGCUUCGGAAGCUGAGUGCAUGACAUGCAGAGCAGGCACUUACGUAUCAGUGGCACAUAAAGGUGGCAGCGAUUUGGAAGCUCACGUGCACUCUGCAAAACACAAGACUGCAGCAAGAGGAGAGAGCUCAUCCAGUAAAGUGACAGACUUUUUUAGCGUUGCAGUUUGGUGUCUUCUAGCAUCAGACCUUCAAUUCUUUGCCACUGCAUUGGAAACCUGUAAGACAGCCUGGUUCGAUGAGCGCAAUGUUUCCAGCAACGGAGACUCUGAGCUUCUGAAUGACUUGAGAGGGAAGCACUGGACGAAGAUCUGCUCCAAUCCAGUGGACAUGGAGGCUCACACAGUUUCUGGAGUCAAGUCGCAGCACACCGGGAACACCUUCCACACUUACAGUGCAUCAGAGGGCCUUGUAUGCCUUAACUCAGACCAGAAAGUGAGACCGUGCUACGAUUACAAGGUCAUGUUCACCUGCACGGGACAGUUCUGCUCAGAGUGUAGGACACGCUGGUUUGAUCAUGAUGACCCAACAGGAAACGGAGACUUCGAGGUCCUCACUGACCUCCGAAGCAUAUACCCGAGAGACAUCUGCCCUCAGCCAAUAGCCAUCGAGGUCCAGACCAUCUCUGGGGAACCUGUCUCCUCCACCUCCAAUACUUUUUUAUAUUAUGAUGCCACCUAUGGGUUUGCUUGCGUAAAUGCAGAUCAGAGGAGCAAGAGUUGUGAAGAUUACAAAGUCAGAUUUACAUGUCUGAAUGAGUUCUGUCAAGUGUCAGCGCAGUGUCGAACACAGUGGCUGAACAGUGAUGCCCCGUCAGACGAGGGCGAUGUGGAGUCCAUAUUUCAGCUACUGAAAACUUUCCCCGGUCAAGUCUGUAGGAACCCAAUCAGCAUUGAGGCCAAGUCAACAAGUGGAAUAUCUGCUGAACACACCGGAGACACCUUCCUCUCCUACGAUGUUACGUUUGGAUUUGCAUGCAUCAAUGGAAAACAGAGCGGUAAACAAUGUAAGGAUUAUCAGGUGAUACUGACCUGUCCCUCAGAUUUCUGUCAGGGCUGCAGGACACGCUGGUUCAACAUGGACAAUCCCGCAUCGCGAGGGGACUAUGAAACCCUCCUCCAGCUGCAGAUGUUGUAUCCCAGUGAGGUCUGCUCCAAGCCUGUGGCCAUUGAAGCCAUGACAGUGUCCAAUGUCCCUGCGCAUAAGACCGGAGACGUCUUUCAGAUAUAUGAUGCUAGUCUUGGCUUUGCCUGUGUGAAUGCUGAGCAGCCUGGUGGAAAACGCUGUCAAGAUUACAAGGUCCGCCUUACAUGCCCGCUGGCUUUCUGCUCAGUGUAGCCUAUCAGCGCAAAAUGUGUAAUGACUGAAAAACCAAUAUAACGUGAUCAAAUAUCAUAUUAAAUAUGUGUUGCUCUAUAGUGUGUCGCUACUCUUCAUUUAGUAAGACAAUUUAGUCUUAUUCUAAAUAACCAUAGUGUCUCCUCAGGAUUUGAAGGAGAGCAAACACACAUGAGACACAUUCAUUUUCUUUUAAAGGCUAAACCCACUCAUCAAGUACCAGGUAUUUUGUAUUUCUUUUUAAUUGUCCAUUAAUCUGUACUCAUGUGAAUCAGUAAAUUUCACUGGAAGCACUUUAAUUAUGGAUACCAUUCUUAGAUUUACAUUUGACCAACCAGUUAUAACUCGCCAAAGGUUAGCAUGUUAGUAUAAAAUGUUUUUCUUCAGUUAUGGUUUACUAAUAUUCUUAAUUACUGUAACUACAGUCUCACCUGUGACUUUAUGCAUUCAUUUUGUAACAUUCGUUACCUCAGCAAAAGAACAUUGCAAUAUCUUACCAUACAGUAAGUCAGUGGUACCAAUUGUGGUACAUUAUACUCAGUAUACACAUAUACAAGUCUUUGUGGUCUCACAACCCUGUAAUGCUUUGAUUGACUGUUUGGUAGAGUAUAUUCUGGGUGAGUAUUGAAC